GUCCAAACUCAAUAUGCAACAACACUGUUGGGAGUUACAAUUGCUCGUGCAUGAGUGGAUAUAAUGUAACAGACCCAAACCUCCCUAUAAACAGCAAUAACACAUGCAAAGAUAUAGAUGAAUGUCUGGUCAGUCCAUCUGUAUGUGGUCCAGAUUCCAACUGCACAAAUGAAAUAGGAAGUUACAAUUGCUCAUGUCUGGAUGGAUUCACUGUAACAAACUCAAAUCUCACCAUCAGCAUUAAUAACACAUGUAGAGAUGUGGAUGAAUGUGUCGAGAGAUCAGAGGUCUGCGGUCCAAACUCAAUCUGCAACAACACUGUUGGGAGUUACAAUUGCUCGUGCAAGAAUGGAUAUAAUUUAACAGUCCCAAACCUCCCUAUAAACAGCAGUAACCCAUGUAGAGAUAUUCAUGAAUGUCUUGACUCACCAUCAGUGUGUGGGCCGAAUUCUUACUGUUACAAUUACAAUGGAAGCUUCUCAUGCUUUUGUUGGAAUGGAUAUAAUGUCGCAGAUGGUAAUCAAGCUAUUAAUAAAAACAACCCAUGCAUUGAUAUAGAUGAAUGUCUGGUCAGUCCAUCUGUAUGUGGUCCAGAUUCCAACUGCACAAAUGAAAUAGGAAGUUACAAUUGCUCAUGUCUGGAUGGAUUCACUGUAACAAACUCAAGUCUCACCAUCAGCAUCAAUAACACAUGUAGAGAUGUGGAUGAAUGUGUUGAGAGAUCAGAGGUCUGUGGUCCAAACUCAAUCUGCAACAACACUGUUGGGAGUCACAAUUGCUCGUGCGUGAGUGGAUAUAAUGUAACAGACCCAAACCUCCUUAUAAACAGCAAUAACACAUGCAAAGAUAUAGAUGAAUGUCUGGUCAGUCCAUCUGUAUGUGGUCCAGAUUCCAACUGCACAAAUGAAAUAGGAAGUUACAAUUGCUCAUGUUUGGAUGGAUUCACUGUAACAAACUCAAAUCUCACCAUCAGCAUCAAUAACACAUGCAGAGAUGUGGAUGAAUGUGUUGAGAGAUCAGAGGUCUGCGGUCCAAACUCGAUCUGCAACAACACUGUUAGGAGUUACAAUUGCUCAUGCAUGAGUGGAUAUAAUGUAACAGACCCAAACCUCCCUAUAAACAGCAAUAACACAUGUAAAGAUGUGGAUGAAUGUGUCGAGAGAUCAGAGGUCUGUGGUCCAAACUCAAUCUGCAACAACACUGUUGGGAGUUACAAUUGCUCGUGCAUGAGUGGAUAUAAUGUAACAGUCCCAAACCUCCCUAUAAACAGCAAUAACACAUGUAGAGAUAUAGAUGAAUGUCUGUUCAGUCCAUCUGUAUGUGGUCCAGAUUCCAACUGCACAAAUGAAAUUGGAAGUUACAAUUGCUCAUGUUUGGAUGGAUUCACUGUAACAAACUCAGAUCUCACCAUCAGCAUCAAUAACACAUGUAGAGAUGUGGAUGAAUGUGUUGAGAGAUCAGAGGUCUGCGGUCCAAACUCAAUCUGCAACAACACUGUUGGGAGUUACAAUUGCUCGUGCAAGAGUGGAUAUAAUGUGAUAUUCCCAAACCUCCCUAUAUAUAGCAGUAACCCAUGUAGAGAUAUAGAUGAAUGUCUGGUCAGUCCAUCUGUAUGUGGUCCAGAUUCCAACUGCACAAAUGAAAUAGGAAGUUACAAUUGCUCAUGUCUGGAUGGAUUCACUGUAACAAACUCAAAUCUCAACAUCAGCAUCAAUAACCCAUGUAGAGAUGUGGAUGAAUGUGUUGAGAGAUCAGAGGUCUGCGGUCCAAACUCAAUCUGCACGAACACUGUUGGGAGUCACAAUUGCUUGUGCAAGAGUGGAUAUAAUGUAACAGACCCAAACCUCCCUAUAAACAGCAAUAACCCAUGCAAAGAUAUAAAUGAAUGUUUUUUCAGUCCAUCUGUAUGUGGUCCAGAUUCCAACUGCACAAAUGAAAUAGGAAGUUACAAUUGCUCAUGUUUGGAUGGAUUCACUGUAACAAACUCAAGUCUCACCAUCAGCAUCAAUAACACAUGUAGAGAUGUUCAUGAAUGUUUAAAGACAUCAGAGUUCUGUGGUCCAAACUCUCGUUGCACCAACUCAGUUGGGAGUUACAACUGUUCCUGCUUGAGUGGGUUUACUGUAACAAAUAUGAAUCAACCAAUCAGCAUCAGUAAUCCAUGUAAUGUGACUCUACCUUUGACUGAAUAUCUGAUUGAAAUUCAGAUCAAUAGUGUGGAUAGUAGCGUCACUGAUCAGCUGAGGACUCUUCUGAUGUCUUUUAAUUUGCCCUACAUAAUCAGUGACAGCACUAACAUUACAGAAAUCAACAUAACUACUGUGUGUUCAUUGAACCAAACGCAGUAUCAGUGUAAAUGUGAGGGUCUGUUUGUUUGGCCAAAUGACACGUGUCACUCGUACGAGGCCUGUGAUGUCAUCACUAAUGGUUCAUCAUGUACAUGUAUCAAUGCCCUUCCAGUGGAUGGACAGUUCUGUCAAGUACUGCCUUCUAAGUACAUGAUUGACAUUGAUGUGAGAUUCUUUGACUUGUUCCUGGUGAACUACUUACGGGAUCUCGUCAGAAAUAUCAGCCUACCUUUGACUCUGAGCAGCAGCAUAAAUAUCACAGAUAUUGACAUGACUACUGUGUGUGGGUUAAAUGGAACACAAUAUGAGUGCAAGUGUGAGGAGCGUCAUGUUUGGCCCAAUGACACCUGCAGGGCCUAUCAUGAGUGUGAUGAGAUUGUGGGAGGCACUUGUGGAUGUAUUCAAGCUCUCCCUUCAGAGGGUCCGCUUUGCCAGAGAGACAUCAAUGAAUGUGUAGAUGCAGUGUCAGUUUGUGGUCAAAACUCAGAUUGUAUUAACAUCAUUGGGAGUCACAUGUGUUCAUGCUGGAGUGGAUUUAAUUCCUCCAAUAAAGACAGUCCUGUGAGCCGCAACAACUCAUGUCAGGAUAUAGAUGAAUGUCUGGUCAGUCCAUCUGUAUGUGGUCCAGAUUCCAACUGCACAAAUGAAAUAGGAAGUUACAAUUGCUCAUGUUUGGAUGGAUUCACUGUAACUAACUCAAAUCUCACUCUCAGCAUCAAUAACACAUGUAGAGAUGUGGAUGAAUGUGUUGAGAGAUCAGAGGUCUGCGGUCCAAACUCAAUCUGCAACAACACUGUUGGGAGUCACAAUUGCUCGUGCAAGAGUGGAUAUAAUGUAACAGACCCAAACCUCCCUAUAAACAGCAGUAACCCAUGCAGAGGUAUGAUUGACAGCUGA